AUGGCAUCACCGUCGCCGUCACACCCGUCAUCGUCGCACCCGCCAUCGCCGUCAUCGUCUCACGUGCAAGUCCACCCACCGCCGAACCAUCCAAGCAUAGCUGAGUCGCUCUAUCUUCCGCGCCCGCUGACAGAGCAUGUUCUGGAGCGAGUCUUUGCCAUGGCUGGCGGUGUGUAUUUGGUUGAGGUCGCCUCGCGCGCGGCUCAUGUUCCGAACGAUCAGGGCGUCUUUGCAUCGCUUCCAAAGCAUGUCGACGCCGUGCUUGUAGCCGGUGUGCUCGCGGAUACGACACAGACACCGGCCUCGGGCACAUCGAGCUCGUUCUUCCCCAUGUCUGAUGAUUCGCCUGCGGCGUCGCCGCUGCCGUCGUCAGCAUCGGCAUCGUCGAUCAGAUCGUCGCCGUCAGACUCGGCUCUGGCGGGCAUCCAUCGCCGGCCGUCGUCGUCGCCACUCUACGCAGAGUACAUUCCGCCGAUCUUUGAAGACUCGCCGGAAAAUGCGAGCAGUGGGCAGGCGGCGAGUGAGCUCCCGCUGGCGCGGCCGCUUGAGUUUGGACUGCCUGGGCACGACGGAAGCGACGACGCGGAUGACGACGACGACGACUUUGUGCUCAUCGACUCGGAGUUUGAGGUCGAUGCCGGCGAGCUGGUUGCGGCCGAGAGUUCGCCGUCGACCGAGGCAGCGCGUGCGGCAGCGCGUGCGGCGGCGAGCGGGGCUGUGACGGCCGCGCGGGCUGCGGGUGGCAUGCUGUCGGCGGCAGGCGAGUGGAUGACAACCAUGUACAGCUCGGCGGUGGCACCGGCUGUGGCGUCGUCAGUCUCGUCGUCGUCAGCAGUGGUGGCGGCGGCGUACGAAGCGGUGCGCAACCCGUUUACUGGGGCGUACACGGCGAACGAGAAGCGGCAGAUGGCCGGAGUGCUCUCGCUCUACGCCGAGCACUUUCCGCUCUGGCUGCGGAUGGACGCCUCGUUUGACCACCCGCACUUUCGUGGUGUCAAGGCCGGCGACGUGCGUAAGGCCGCGUGGAUCAAGCGGAUGGGCUCUUCGCUACUCCGGCCGGUGGCAGAAGAGUUUGUCACGCUCAUCUGCGCGUACCAGGAAGAGCGGCUGGCGCGAGUGACCGGCUCGGGCUACCCAGACGACCCGACCCACUGCGUGCUGACCGAACUGAAGGCCUGGGCACGCGACUCGCUCUCGCACAUGGCGCCAGGCGAUGAGACGCACCAGGUGCUCAGGGCUCGGACCAGAUACCUCAACGGACUGCUCGAGUCACGGCUCUUCCCGCCAGGCCGGACGUCGCGGACGUCGAUGGCGCAGCUCCUGCUCUCGCUUGUCUCGCUGCUCGAGGAGCGUGUGCUGCCUGUGCUUGAGGCGCACGCGGCCAAGGCGGCGGCCCGCGAGCACCUGACCGCGCUUGGGCGGCACGCGUCGGCCUUUCUCCACCGGCUUGUUCUCUACCUGUUCUACAUUGUGCGCGACACGCCGGCGCCGCGCAACGUGGCGGUCGCACACCUGCUAGGCGCCGUGGAGGCGCCAGCGGAACUGGCAGCUGCCCUCAGCACGGCGUCGGGCGAGGCGCUUGCGCUGCUCCUCGCCGCGCCGCUUGAUCGACUCGGGGAAGGUUCCGUCACAGUUCCACGGCAGACGCUGCUCGCCGCGACGGCCGGGCGGGGUGGAAGAGGCGCGGACGUGCUGGCCACAUCGACGCUCACGCCCGGCGGUGACACGUCGGCGCUCGGCCGGAUGCCUGUGCUCGGCGACUCGCCGGCAAGCUCGUCGUCAGACUCGCUGUCGUCGGCGCUGGCGCUUGCGGCGGCGUCCGAGGUUUUGGCGCUCCCGGCACGGACGUCGCCGACCGAGUUUGUGGCGACGUGCUCGGCGCGGCACGCGGCACAGGCCGGCAUCGAGCUCGGCGUGGCGCACCCGUUUCGUGAGGACGCGGUCAUGCACGCGCUUGCCUUUGUCCACGUCACCGCGCAAGAGUUAGCGCUCCUCGCGCAUCUCUUUGCGCGGGCACAGGCACUGACUGGAGCCGGCGGCGAGCUGCUGCUCUACGGCCUCGCGCGUGACCAGCUCGAGCGGCUGCUCGACGCCGCGCUGCAGCUGGUCGCGGCGAUGGGCGUGCAUCUCGAGACGCUCAACACUCACACUCGGGCAUACUCGCGGCGGAUGGUCCGCGAGCGGAUCAGUGACAAGGCGUCGCUUGCGUGGCGGCAAAACUACGACGAGGUUGCCCACGUCCGGCCGCUCCUCCAGUCGUCGCUCGAUUCGUUUGCUGAUGUGGUGGGCACUAUGCGCGCUGCGCUCGCUAGCUACAACCUCAGCAGUCAGCUGUCACGGGCGCAGUCGGCGGCGGCGGCGUUUGUGGCCCAGGCCGAGUCGUUUGUCCACGACACGUCGGUCCUCAUCGAAUCGGCGGUGUCACCGAUGUAG